AUGGAUCCAGAGAGCAGCAGAUCCAAACAGAAGAUGGGCUACCGGCACUGGCACGCCGACCUGCGGUCCGACGACAGCCCCCUGGAGGCGGGUUUGGCCUUCGCCUGCAAGCUCAAGUCCGCCAUCCCCUUCCUGGGGCGCGAGGCCCUGGAGAAGCAGCGGACCGAGGGCCUCUGCCGGCGCCUGGUGGGCUUCACCGUGGACGAGAAAGUGCCCAUGUUCGGCCUGGAGGCCAUCUGGAGAAACGGCCAGGUGGUGGGCCACGUCCGGAGGGCCGACUUCGGGUUCACCGUCGACAAGACCCUGGCCUACGGCUACAUCCGGGACCCCAGCGGCGGGCCGGUCUCGCUGGACUUCGUGAAAAGUGGAGAGUACGCCCUGGAGAGGAUGGGGGUGACGUACUCGGCCCAGGCUCACCUCAAGUCUCCCUUCGAUCCCGACAGCAAGAGGAUGAAGGGGAUCUACUGAGGGGCCGGGGGCAGGGCCUCAGCCCAUCCGGGGGCCAGCAGACCCUGGCCAGAACUUGGGGUCCCCCAGCCCUCAGUCGAGGCCUGCGAACCAUCCCCCCCCAAAGAGAUGCAAACUGAGAGGGUGGAAAGAGGACCCAGAAGGCCCGUUCUGUGGUCACUGACCAAAGGACGGUCUCGCGUCCACCCACACCCUAAAGAAGCCACCCGUAACCCCUUAGGCUCAGGGACCACGCCUGUAGCCCUUGAGAGCU